AUGUCUGACGUAGUUGGACUUGAAGAAAUGCUAGAAGAUUACAUUCCAGGGAUGGAAACAGAAAUAGAUGUUGGAGAAUUAAACCAUAUAGAAGAGGAAAUGGAUGAGAGUAUCGAUGAAAUAGGUGAUUUGGCAGAAGAUUCCGGGGAAACUGAGGUCAUUGCACAACAAGGAGAUAUUUCACAAUUGGAAGAAGUACCACUGAAAAGUGAAGAUGAUUUAUCAGUACAGCCAGAAUCAGAUACUUUUGAAGAAGAAGAGUCUGUGAUAGAAACUUUUAUAGAAUCCAAACCUACUAUGAGCAAAUCUUCCAGCCAACAAGAUUGGGUAUCUAUGGACAUAUCCAAAUUUGGAAAAUCUUUCUAUAAUGGUGAAGAGAAUCCACUCAAUGAACAAAUCAAACGUUUGAAGUUAAAGAGUCUUAAUCAAUUCCUCCAUAACCAUCAAACUGAAGAAAUUAUUGAAUAUUCUCGGUCAACUGAUGGUCUUAUCAAUAAUGAUGUGAGAAGAAAGAUAUGGCCCAUUUUACUUCGAAUGGAACAAAACAUCGACUUUGAAGCCACUUUCAUUGAUGAUUUAUCAUUACAUGAUAAGGAAUGCCACAAAGAUGAAGAUCAAAUCAAAUUGGAUAUAAAAAGAUCUUUUACUCAUUGGACUUUAGAUUCUGACGACAUUGAAAUUCUCAAGAAACAACUUCAUUUCUUAGUGACAAAGUUCUUCCGAAAAUAUCCUUCAUUGAAUUAUUACCAAGGAUUCCAUGAUAUUGCUAGUAUUGUGUUGUUGGUGUGUUAUACAAAAGAACAGAAGACUGUAGAUGAACUUUUAGCUUUCAAGAUAUUGGAAUGUCUCACUUUGAAUCAUCUUCGAGACUUUCUUAUCAGCGACAUUCACUUAUCAUUGCAACACCUUAAAUUAAUACCAACAUUAUUGGAGAUAAUCGAUCAUAAAUUCUUCAAGGUUCUUAAGAAAGUCAAUAAUUUCUAUGUAACGUCAGACGGAGCUUAUUAUGACUACAGUUUCCAUCAAGGAUUAUCAUCAAUUUUGACCAUGUUCAGUCAUGAUAUUGAUGAUUUGAAUCAAUUAUUAAUCAUUUGGGAUUUCAUUCUCAGUUAUAACACUUCCAUCAUCACCAUCUAUAUCUAUGUAUCAUUCCUUCAAUUCAAACGAAACGACAUUUUCGAAAAAUUGGGCUUACACGAAGAUGAUAAAUCCGAUGCUAUAGAUGAAAUAGAUAAGGAUUUAUUACAUAAUCUUUUAAGUGCUAAUAAUCUUUUCAAAGAUCUUACUGAUAACGGAUUAAUAAAGAUAUUGAACAAUGCUAAAUAUUAUUAUGAGAACUAUCCUAUUAACAAUUUAAGUAACUCGACAUUUACUUAUGAUUUAUGGUUUAAAGAGUACAAUUAUCAUUCAGUUUUACUUACAACAUCAACCUCACCCUUUGAAGUACCACGGAAUUUAGAUCUUAUCGAUAACCCCGAUAAAGUUGAUGAUGUGGUUAAAUGUCAAGAUGAUGAAAUGGGGAAAUUACAAUUAUAUAACUUGACUUUGGAGAAUAAAGUAUUUGAAAUAGAUUCAGAUUAUACCAACUCAUUAUCAGGAUCAUUAUCUUCAUCAGUAUCAUCAUUACAAAGUUCGACUACCACGUUGAAUUCCAAGAUUCUUAAAACAUCAUCUAUUUAUUUCAAGAAACUUUUCAAAUCCGAUAACGAUGAACCUCACCCUCAUGUAUUUAAAUUGUCUAUGAUUUAUAAAAUUAGUUUGACUGUGGGAUUUUUAAGUGUACUACUUCACCUUCUUUUAUCCAAACAUAAUUCCUCCAUUUUACAAUAUUCAAACAGGUUUUUGAAUGAAGGAGUGAGUUAUUUCAGGAAUAAUGGCUUUAAUAUCGGUCUAGGUAAUAUCAGAAGCUCUAUCUACGGGUGGAUGAGCAAAUCUGUUAUUGGAAUUUAA